GGAGAGUGGUUUAUUCAAUUUUCUGCAUUGUGUGACUUGUGAGGGGGACACAACUCCCCCACAACUCCUUAUCAAAGCCCCCUACUUUAUUUUCUUCCAUUGAUAUUAGGCUAUUUUAGGCUUUUUAGUCCCUCUCUGAAUUAUUGUACUUUUAAUAACUAGUACUGCUACACAAUUUCAAUAAAAAGUAAAAGCAUCAAACUACUCAUCAGGGUCUCACUUCCCACUGACUCCAUCCAUCCAUUCUUCCAAAGGGCCAAAAAAACAAAAAAAAAAAAAAAAGAACACUUCUUUGGAUGGGCAUUGAAUUGAGAGCAGUGGAAAGCUAGCAGAACAGAACCCCCCUUUGCCCAGUCCUCCUCACAUGUCACUUCUUUUUGGCCCAAUGAUGUAGAGAAAACCUGUGUAUGUUUAAAGCUGAUUUGUCCAUUACCCCUGAAGAAUUAUAAAGAUAUGGACUUUCCCCUGUUUUUGAGAUGAUAAAUACAGGGAGAAAGAGAGGGAGGAGGGAGUGGUCUGUGGUUGAGUGAAGGUAAGUUUUCAUUUUUGUUGAAAAAAUAAAGAGCGGAAGAUGCCUAGGCCAGGGCCAAGACCUUAUGAGUGUGUUAGAAGAGCAUGGCAUAGUGAUAGACACCAGCCUAUGAGAGGUUCAAUUGUGCAGCAGAUUUUCAAGGUCGUCUAUGAGACUCACAGUGCUGCAACUAAGAAGAAUAAGGAAUGGCAGGAGAAGUUGCCUAUUGUUGUCCUCAAGGCUGAAGAAAUUAUGUACUCCAAAGCUAAUUCUGAGGUGAAUUGCUCUUUUCCUUCAUAUUUUUCUUAAUAAAUGGUUUGUGGUUAUCAUGGGUUGGUUAGUUGGUUAUUAUUUUUUCCUUUGACUGGAGGUAAUUCUCAGUGUUCAUAUAUGUUGUGUUGCUCGUUUGUGAUUUAGGCUGAAUACAUGGACACUGGGACAUUGUGGGAUCGGGUUAAUGAUGCUGUUGACACGAUAAUAAGGAAGGAUGAGAGUGCGGAAACUGGAGAAUUUUUGCCUCCUUGUGUUGAAGGUACUAAUUGGUUGGUCCAUAUUUGUUCUCCAUGUUUAUUCUGCUUUAAAGUCUUGAUUAUUGAAUUUGGGGAUUUGCUGUUCCACUUCUUGGUAUGAGUAUGCUUUAGCUCAAGCUUACUCAUACUCUCUUAAUUAAUCUUUCCUGUUUUGGUAUCAAUGAACAAGCUGUUGAUACGUGAUGCUUUCUGUUUGAAAUGAAUUUCAAUGGCAGCGGCUCUUAAUCUGGGCUGUGUUCCAGUAAGAGCGUCCCGGAGCCAACGACACAGUAAUCCUAGGACUUACCUUAGCCCCAGGACUCAAGAAUCUGGUUCAGCAGCCUCUAAAUUUGUAUGUGGAAAUCCCAACGACCGAAACACUAAUUUAUUGCCUCCACAAUUUGGCACUCAACUUAACCUUGAGAAUUCGGGAGCUCGCUGUUUGGUUCCUGAAUCUAAUGGGCAAACAGGGCCAAAUCUUCACAACCCCGCUGCUCCAUCAUUCAGGAGAUUAAAGUUUCCAGUUGGCGAGCAGCUUAACUGGAAGGAGAGCAAUGCUUCAUUCAAUGUAGGUUCUGUCUAUCCUUUAUAUUAUGGCACCAACUUCCAACCUGAAAUAUCUCAGUUGGGCUUUCAAGAACCCCACCUGUCCAAGGAUAUAAUCAUUGGUACACCAGUUUUUGCAACUGUUGAAAAGCCUAGUGAAAUAGGUUGCAUUAGGAGCUUAUUAUCAGCAGAUAGAAAUGAAACUGUGGCAGACAGAACAAAGCAACCUGAGUUUGCAGAGGGAGUUACUGAGAGUUGUGAAGGAGAGUGUGACUUGUCCUUGAGGUUAGGACUCUUUUCUAAGACUGUCUUCUGCGCGACCAAAGGGUCUGCUAAUGAUAGUUUUGGUCGGGGCAAUUCGCAAGAAGAGGGAAAGAUCAAGGCUAUAUCUUCAUCUGCAGAAAAGAAUUUUCCUUUCUUUUCUGCUAGUGAUCCCUCUGUGUUGGGUUUAGGUAGGUUUAAUAAUAUGGCAACUGAAGAUCAGAAUUCCGAUGCAUUUCUUAGAAAGCGUAAACUGCCUAAUCAUGGCAAUGUGGAUAUUAGGCAAAGAUUGUGGCCAGUAAACUCAGCUCCACAUUAUGUUUACGAUCAAAGGAAAAGGCGAAGUUCGUAGAUCAUUCGCUUUUGUGUUGUAUUAAUGAUUAUUUAGACGGAAAAGCCAUCACAGAGAGCAGGUUGUCAUGCAUUUUCCUCAUAGGAAGUAAGUUCCACUCCAGUCGGACUCCAGGUUACCACAGCUACUUUGUUCCAUGUGCCCUGUUCCCGUCCAUGUGAUCAAACUGAAGGUUUUGAUAGUUGAAAUUGCGGAGGGAAAUGAAGCAAGCAUUAUGCAGAAUGAGGAUAAGAAAUGAACCAUUUGGUAGAAAGGUCAAUGAUUCAGAGUUGACACUGACUUCUUAUCAAUUACUCUUAGAAAGUUAUAAUGCAAUGUCACUACCAUUGAUAUCCUGCAAUUUGAAAUGGUCAUUCUUCUUGAUAACUACUCUUUUGUCAGGCAGGUCAACUUGAUUGUGUAUAGGCACUAGACGUGGAUUUAUGUCGUCCUUUCUAGCCUUUGUGAGUUACUAUGUUUUAGGAAAAAAUUUUCCAGCAACUAACGUGCAGUCUUGUGGUUUUUUCUAAUGAAAAACCAAUAGCAUAUUCCUAUAAACUCCUCGUUUGGAUUGCACUUUUCUAACGGCAUACGUAAUUGUGUACAUGAUGUUACUGAUACGAUAGUUGCUCCAAUCAGAUGAAGUAUGAAAAGUGAGAUAGAAGAUCAACAUAUGGUAGUGUCUGAUGAUUUAAGUGAAAUUUGGGGUUUUUCCGAACCAGGACAAAAAUAGUAAUAGCUUCUUUCUUCGGCUUAUUAAAUUAAAGCGACGAAUUUGUAAAACAAGCCUACAUUCUUUGAAUUUUAGGAAAGCAAAAAGUAACAAAAAUGUGUUUGCUAGAGUCUUUUGGUUUGAUAUCUUCAAUCCGAGAAAGAAGAUUCAAGAACGACUGAUUGUGCGGAAACACAUUCAUAACAGUAACAAGCAAAUCAGAG